AACAAAAAAAAGUGUGCUGACUUCAGGGCUGUUGUCAGGAAUCAACAAAGGGCUGUCUUAGGAAUCACCAAGCUCUCACACUGUGUGUACCUCUUGAAUUAAAACAGAGACCCACGAUCUGAUGAAGGAAGCAGAACAUGGACUCUGUUAAGACUUUCAUGACCCAGCAGCCCAGCUGGAUUAAUGUAAAUUUAAUCUCGCUACACUGGCUUCAUCUUCCCCAAAUAGCUGGUAACCAGCAAUGGCCAAGGGCACAGAGACAUUCGUAACUACCACCACCCUCUGUCACAGCCCAGCACCCUGUGAGGCUGGCUUCAGAGUGGGGCUGUGCUACUCAAAGCAUGAGGCUAGGGCCAGAAUCCGAGGCUCCUACCCAAACUUCUGAAGCUCCUGAUUGGUGGAAGCAAGCCCUGGGAAUCAUGUGGUCAUGCCCUUAGUGACCAGGUGCAAAUCCCAGGUGUUUUCCCUGUGGCCUGUGUAAGAUGCCACAGAGAGGCGGAGGGGAGGAUGCCUGGUGGCUUUGUCUGCUGCUAACCCUGGUCUUUUGAGACCAGAAUCUUAGUGUCUCUGGGCCUUCAGCAUUUUCUCAUCUCGAAUCAAGAUCAUAGCCAUUCCUUACCCAUCCUCAACAUGUGAAUCCUGAGGACGGGAAGGAAGGUUGCCAUGAAGGUGCCAGGAGCUGGUCUGGGGACAGCCUGCAGGGACCAUCCCUCUGUCUUGCCGGGCCUUUCUCUGAGCUGGGGACCAUGUUUUCCAGGUCAGAAUCUCACAGUACGUGGUUAUGAGGAGCUGGGGCCUAUGCAGGGCUGUGCUUUUUACAAAUAUCCAUUUCUUCCCCACAGCGACCCGGUGAGGUAGGUCCUUGUUUAUACUCAGAAGUAUUUCAGUUUCCAGGGACAGGAAUCCAUGUUGGCUGAAGCCAGACACAGAACUUACUAGCUCACGUACCUCAAGGCCCUUGCAGGGGGUGACCCCGUCCAGAGGGCCUCCUCUCUUUCCACCCCCUAUGUCCUCUCCGUGUGGGCAAAGCCCUUCUCCUCCAUCAACCUGAAGGCCGGGUUGCUUCAGCAGGAGGACAUGGCCUGAGCCAGGCUGGCUCUCCUAGACCAAGCUCAAGAUCUGCAGCGCUGGGCUCGGCUGGACUGGAGCCUCCUUCUCACUUAAAACCACAGCCCUUUAUGAUCAUGAGGCCAGUGUAUAUUUGUUUUAGAACAUACAGAAACUGGACAUAGACGAUAACAACAUCUAUCUCAUCCAGCAUCCAUGGACAACUGCUGAUCCUUUUUAAAGAAGUUUUUGUGAGCUAUUUAUCAUUUUUCAUAUUUCAUUGAUAAUGCCCUUGUUACAACAUUCUUUGUAUAGUUUAAGAACUUGCUGUUGUAUGACUUUUUAAUCUGGUUGUUUUUAGAGUUGUUUUUUACCAGUUUCCAUGGUUACCAUCCAUCCGUCCAUCAAGCCCUUCCUGGUGGCCCUUGAAGAACCAUCCCUGCCAGGGUUAGAACAAUGAAUUCCACAUUCUCAUGGAAAAGGAUGACACACAGGCAUAGGAGGAAUACGAAGAGUGUGGUGACAUGACAUGGAAACACCUGACAGUCCAGCAGAGGAAGUUGCCAAGGAAGCCUCCUGAUGGAGAAACGAGAGAGGCCCCUCAGUGCGCACAGCGGUUGUGUUUUCCUAACACCCAUCAGCGAGUGAACUAUGCCCUCCCCCUCCCCCCGGGAGAACACCGCCGGAGGCAGGAACUUCAAGGGGGGGCGCCGGUGCCCAGACAUACACACAGGUUCUCUGGAUGACCAUUCAUAAACCUUCAUCGCAAAUGGGAGUCACACUCAAGAAGAAAGCUCCCUGGGGCGGCUCUCUGUACAACAGGAGUGAAAAUCAGGGUUGACCGCAGCCUGUCUCUGAUUCGUUGGUCGUCGGUGGAGGCAGAGAUGUGAGGCAAUGUGGCGUGAUAAUCACUGACUCCUUGGGAAGAAAGGGCCUGGCAGCUCAGUUCUACAGGGCAGAACCUACAGACAGAGCAGCGGCCGUGGCUGCAGGGCCGUCCUGCCUAUCGACUCGAGCAUCUCCAGGCGACGUGGAGACUGAGGCACAAAGACCCUGGCAGACAGCUUGUUGCAGGGCAGUAACCUUGCCGGGUUCACAAGUUCAGCCGAGAGAGCGCUGCAGUCGACACGCCCCUUUCUCUCGGGAGAGGAGAGCCGGAGGGCGCGAGAGGAGCGGCGUGUGAGCAAAACCCGGUGUGGAGGCAAGUGAAAUCUGAUCGCUUGCCAGGAAAGCGUGUGAAGCCGGGAACCCCAGAGGAGCGAUCGACCUUGAGCUGCCAGAGUCCGGGCGAAGUUAUGCGGGGCUGCUGAGUGUGGGGCCGCAGCCGGAGAAAACGCUCUCAUGGAGAACCCGGUGGCCCCCCGCGUCCUCGGCGCCGAGCCCGGGCGCGCCUUUGCGCACGGUGUGUGCGGCCAGGCCGCGGGUCGGGGCAGCGCUGCCGAGGCUCCGGGAGAGGGCAGCCUGCAGCUGCCGGAUGCGGCCGCGGGGGAGGGCGCUGCCUCCCCGGCGCAGACACCCUGCAGUCUCAGCGCGUCCCUGUGCUUCAGCUCCGGAGACGACUCCCCGCCGCAGUCUCGCGCCUCCGCAGCGGACAGCGCCGGGGCCUCCCCGCCCUCGCGACGCAGCGGCCAGCGGGUGGUGGAGAGGCAGUGGGAGGUCGGCAGCGCGGGCGCCGCGUCCCCGGAAGAGCACGCAUCCCCUGAGGAUCCCGUGUCCCCCGAGGAGGAGCGCACGUCCCCGGAGGAGCCCGUGUCCCUGGAGGAGCCUGUGUCCCUGGAAGAGGCUGUGUCCCUGGAGGAGCCCGUGUCCCCGGAAGAGUCUACGUCCCCGGAGGAGCCCGGGGACCCUGCUCCCGUCCCCCCCGGCGUCGGGCCGGAGCACGGGGAGCCUGACCUUCUCAUCGAAGUGUCCGGCCGUCGGCUGCGGGCUCACAAGGCGGUGCUGGCGGCGCGCAGCGACUACUUCCGCGCGCGAGCGUCGCGGGACGUGCUGCGGGUGCAAGGCGUGAGCUGGGCGGCGCUGCGGCUGCUGCUGGCCUACGCGUACACCGGGCGCAUGGCGGGAGUGCGGCCGGACAACGUGGCCGAGGUAGUGGCUGGCGCGCGCCGCUUGCAGCUGCCCUGCGCGGCGCAGCGCACCGACGCCGUGGCGCCUCAGCUGAGCCUGGCCAACUGCUACGAGGUGUUGACCGCGGCCAAGCGGCAGCGGCUGGCCGAGCUGCGCGAAGCCGCCUACCGCUUCAUGAGCGACCACUACCUGGAAGUGCUGCGCGAGCCCGCCGUCUUCGGGCGCCUGUCAGGCGCCGAGCGCGACCUCCUGCUGCGCCGCCGCCUGCGCGCAGGUCGCGCCCGCCUGUUGGCCGCCGCGCUCGGGCCGGCAGGGGAGCGCGCGGGCAGUCGCCCGCAGAGCCCGUCGGGGGACGCGGAGGGGCGCGGCGAUGCCGCGGUCUACUGCUUCCAGGAGGUGGCAGGCGAGUGGCGCGAGCUGACGCGGCUGCCCGAGGGCGCGCCGGCGCGGGGCUGCGGUCUGUGCGUGCUCUACAACUACCUCUUCGUGGCCGGCGGUGUGGGGCCCGCUGGGCCCGACGGCCGCGCGCGGCCUUCGGACCAGGUCUUCUGCUACAACCCGGCCACCGACCGCUGGAGCACCGUGCGGCCGCUGCGUCAGGCGCGCUCGCAGCUGCAGCUGCUGGCCCUGGACGGCCACCUGUACGCCGUGGGUGGCGAGUGCCUCCUCAGCGUGGAGCGCUACGACCCGCGCGCCGACCGCUGGGCCACUGUGGCCCCGCUGCCCCGGGGCGCCUUUGCCGUGGCGCACGAGGCUACCACUUGCAAUGGCGAGAUAUACGUGUCGGGAGGCUCGCUUUUCUACCGCCUGCUCAAGUAUGACCCUCGGCGCGACGAGUGGCAGGAGUGCCCGUGUAGCAGCAGCCGCGAGCGCUCAGCAGACAUGGUGGCCCUGGACGGCUCCAUCUACCGUUUCGACCUGUGUGGGGGCCGAGGCGACGCUCCGGCAGCCGGGCCGGCCGGAGGGGUCAGUGUGCUCCGCUACCACUGCCUGGCUAAGCAGUGGAGCCGCUGUGCAUCACAUCUGCGGCCCCCCGGCGCACCGUCAAGCCUGCAGCCCUUCCGCUGCGCGCUGGAUGGCACCAUUUACUGCGUGAGCCGCGCGGGCACCUGGCGCUUUGUGCCACCCCGAGACUGCGAGCCUGGCGCCGGCGACGCGGGCCAGGAAGGCAGCUUCGAGCUCCAGUCGCUCCGAGCCCCUCCGGACGCCCGGGGCCUGCUCUUCCCGUUCGUGCUCAACCUGCUGGAAAAGCCGGAUAGAGGCGAGGAGGGCGCCGCGUAGGGUGGGCCGGGGUCACGGAGGCCCCAACCAGGAAACUGGAAGGGGUGAAGGGAGUGGAAGUGGGGAGGAAGAGAGUCGUGGGUGGGCUCUGCCCACGGGGGUCAUUUAGCCGCUCAGCAGGUGGGAGCUUAUCGCGGGGCCUUGAAGACCUCUUGCAACGCUGUGUAAAGGUCUGUUUCCUAUUCUGCAUUCUUUUUGCUUUGCUUGCUUAAUUGGCCGAUGGCGAUGGCGUAAAUGUAGGAUGUGUGCAAAUAGACAGCCUUACAACUAAGAUACAAAAUACCUGUGAAGGAAAGAAAUAGAAUCAGAUUAUGCUUCAGGGUGCAGUGGGUGGGGCCCGGAGUGUACCCAGGUGAGUCAUGGUCACUCCAGGAGUGGCCAGGAGGCCAGAUGAGUUCCGUGGGGGUAUUGGGUACUGUUGCUUAUUGCGCCAUGAGAGGGCCCCUCGGGGACCUUGAGGUCACCUCCCAGAGUUGAGAUCCUAAACUAGGCCAAUGGGAACUGUGUCAGUGGAACCACAGAAAGAAGGUCACACUUUUUUUUGGCUUGAGGUUUAAAAUUAUAACUGAUAAGUAAAGCUCUUAAACCCUUUCUAAUUUAGUUUUAAAAGUUCCAGUCGUAUGUGCUGAAGCUUUGGUUGGCUCAACUUCAAAAGUAAUAAGCAUUAAAAGUAAACUCUUUGAUUACCAAUAAGCUCUCCUGUCCUGUAAGCAUUGGAAGUUCUUCCUCCAUCACUUAGACCCCCACCCCCGGCCUCAGAGGCCCACACACCUCAACUUUGGUUUUAUCUCAUGCUUAACCGAGGUGAGUUUAAGUUUCCAAAUUCAAGGAUGUUAAUAAUUAUGUUCAAUGAUAUAGUAUGAUUUAUCGUUUAAAGUCUUUGGUGACUAAAUGUUUGCCAAAGAGCAUGUCAUCAGGAGGAAGAGCUGACCAUGUGGUGCUUGUCUGUUUUAAAAGGGGCAUUUGGGAGUUCCUGUCGUGGCGCAGUGGUUAACGAAUCCGACUAGGAACCAUGAGGUCGCGGGUUCGGUCCCUGUGCUUGCUCAGUGGGUUAACGAUCCGGCGUUGCCGUGAGCUGUGGUGUAGGUUGCAGAGGCGGCUCGGAUCUCGUGUUGCUGUGGCUCUGGAGUAGGCCGGAGACUACAGCUCCGAUUGGACCCCUAGCCUGGGAAACUCCAUAUGCCGCGGGAGCGGCCCAAGAAAUAGCAAAAAGACAAAAAUAAAUAAAUAAAUAAAUAAAAUAAAAUAAAAGGGGCAUUUGGUAGCUACCAGAUAUGGUCAGACACUUUCAUAUUUUAUAGUGGACUCUAAGACGGUAGUGCCCCCCCCCCAAAAGGAGGUUAAAAUCCCUUCUUUCUAAGAGUUCUAAAGAAAAAUCUGCAGGCACAGUUUGAACCCACUACUUGUGAUGCUAUAAAUGUGAAUUCUGUAACUCCGAUGAGGAAUAUUCAUUUUUACAAACAUCUUUCUAAGAAAAUGUGGCAGAAUGACAAUGAGCUUAUUGACAUAAGGUGAAAAACAUACUUAUAAGGUAGUAUAGUAAGUAGACUACAUUUUUCUACUGUGAAUUCCAAAAUACCUUAAUAGAAUUAACCUGAAAUUCACUACUUUGACAGGGCAUAAGGAUUAAAAACAGAUCAGUUGGUCUUUCCUCAUUUGUUCUAAGAUUUUACUUUCCAAUUAUGUCUAGACUGGGUUGAUGAAGAGUUUAAGGAGAAAGUAUACACAUAAAUAGAGGCAAAAUGAUCUGAAUUCUGAUCAUUUUUUAUUACAAUAGGAGAAGUAAACAUUGAGAGUUACUGGCACAUAAGUAGAUGAAGUCAUGUGUACCUUGCUAUGAUUUACUCCUGAUUCUAGUGAUGGGAGUUGACCUCUCUUUGUCAUUUGGUGGGUAUAUGGAACUGGGUUAUGCUUUUGAAAGAGGCUGUGGUGAUGAAGUGAUCAGUUAAGCAUGUUUAGGAAGGACAGCUUGAUUCUGCAUGUACCAGAGGGUCAGGAGUGGCUGGUGACUUGUGUGCCUGCUUAUGGCUGCUGCUGACCUAAGAGCAUGGUUCAUCAUCUUCUGCACGAAAAGCAGGCUUCCUAUUGCCUGACUUCUUUGGCCUUUUUGUAGGAGUGGACUGGAGGACCAAUAGGGAAAAAAAAAAAUUAAGAUCCAAAAGAAACAGUGUUCUUUUAAAGACAUGAGUGUUUCACAUGAUAAUGUUUUUCUCUAGACUUUCAUUAUUUAUACUAAAACUUUGAUAUGAAAUGGAACCAAUUUAAUAUUUUCAUUCUUUCCAUAGCAAACCAUGAGCUAUUAUCACUGUGAUUUUAUUUGAGAAAUCAUUUCUAUGAUGUUCACUGUUUAAAAACAUAAAGGCUGAAAUGGGCUUCCAAAGUAAACGGACCCAGAGGAGAAUGCGGGGCGGUGCGUGUUAGAGCCAGUGCAGACAGCCACGUGAUAAAUAUUAUUUCAUCCUUUAACUGGAUGGAGGAAUGUCUGUAUGAGACAUAGCAUCACUUCCUGUGGGAGCUGGCCUCAAAGUGCAGGGACUUGUCAGGAUGAAAUACCCAAGGGAGCUCAGGAUGGGUGGAGGCUGCAGAACCUUACAGCCCACAUUUCUAAUAGGAACAUCACAAGAACAGAUACCAGAGGAGCUGGCAUGCUAUGGGGACCAGUUUAUUUUGCUUUUCUGGGGCCAGUACCUGGGGUGUGGGGCCAGGAGGGUGUGCACCGAUUAAACAAAUAGAAAAGCCACCCCAUCCAAGGUCAUUGGUUUGGAGGACGGCUGGCAAGAGGGGGAAGCACAACAGAGAGUUGCCUCUGGUCUGUGUUGCAAGGAAGGAUCUUGUCACAUCAACUGUGUCACUCUAAAUCUCUAUCCAACUCUGUUUAGAGAAACUGUGCAAAAAUAGCCCUGCUCUUCGAUCAAUUAAGAGUCAAUGAAGGUAAUGCCUUUACCACAUCCAUCCAUAAUUCUCAUGAAAUUAUCAAAUCCAUGCACACUGACAUUCUCAAAUAUUUGAAAUCGCAGUGGCAUUUUAAGGGGAAACCUUGUAAUUCACAAAAGCUCAAUCUUUUGGUUAGUUCAGAGGCAAUGACUUUUGUAUCGUUGGGUUAAGACGUCUUCAUUUUUUCUGUUUUUCACUCUUGGUCUUGGGAAUAGCCCAGGCGCCAGGGUGGACUCCUGGCGCUUUAUGGAGCUGGCUUUGGAACUCCAAAUAGAGUUUCUCAUUAUUUCUCAAUCUGUGGUGGCAUCUUUUCCUUUUCCUUGAAGAGAAUAAAUGCUGCGGAAAUUCUUUUGCUCCUUAGUGAAAACUGCCUGUAUCAGUUUUGCUACAAAUAUUUAAGAUGAAUUACCUGCUCCAUUUCUGUUAAUUUCUGUUGUCACUUUAGUAAUUCUAGUAGCUUCUGUUUAAUCUAUUGGUCUCUUGGGUAACUUCCUGUGAAAGAUUUUGAAACAGUAUUUUUGGUUCUUUGCCUUUUCCUGAAGUUAAGAUGGUUUCAGGACAUAAUCUGUUGUAACACCUUCCUGGGGCGAAAUGUAAACAAAAGUGCUAUUUUGUGUUCUGUCUUAUUUUCCAUGCUUUCCCAGCUUACAAAAUGUUUUAUUUUGGUGUUAAAAGAAAUCAGUGUUCCUAUUUCCCUUUUCCUCUGCCAUAGUAUUGUUUACGGGAAGGUAGUAGGAGCUACGGGUGGGAGUGUGUCACAUUCCCGUGGCACCUGGAUCUGUGUCAGCAGCCACCCUCUCCGAACCCGGUCCAGGUAGAUGCCUGAACUACGCGGCUUCAGCUCAGCGCGUAGCUGGCAACUGCGGCUGCUUUUUAUCUCCUUGGGGAGUGGGUUUGGAAAGAGUUGAAACAAAAAGGCCAGGUGUGUUCUCACAGGAGACGAAAGCUCCUCCAGGGCUUUGGAAAGGUCUAAGCGCCGCAGGUCUACCUCGGAUUAAGACGCGUGCCUGUGGGAGAGGGUGCCGGCUGGCUGCUCAGUGUCCCAGUCCUGGGCACGGAUCCCUUACAACCCUGUAUGUCUGUGUGUUUGUGCCGAAAUGAAAUAAAUCACAGGGCGAUGCCAGCGCUCCUGAAAUCUC